ACGUCGUUUGUUUUGAUUCUUUACAGAAUUUUGAAACAUUGAUGCUUUUCGCUUUUACCAAUCUGAAGAUGAUAAAUUAACAAAUUGUUAAUCGAUUACAAAUUGAAUAUGGAUAACAUACACAUACCAGAUGACAUAUUUCAUUAUCUGGUUACAUUUUUAACUCCAGUAGACUGUAUGUCAUUUUGUUUAUCUGGCGUUUCUUCAGGCUUUACAAAUUUUUAUUCCAGGAGACGGAAUUGGAAACUAAGUCGGUGCUUUUGUUUAGAGCCAAAUAUUUUUCAGCAGUAUUUUUCCAAAUGUGUGGUGUCAUCCAAUGUCCGAGUUCUUGACAUGAGCCACUGUUUCUGGCUUCCAGAGACUUCCCUAUUAAAUGGUUGUUUUUCUUCUAAAUUAAACAACUUGACGGAGCUCAAUGUACUUGAUACACAGCUAUCAUUAGUCUCUGUUAUGAUGCACGUUAUGCCUAAAUGCCAGGGGUUGACGAAGCUGUCUUGCAACAUUGUGGAGCCAACAUGGAAAGCUUUUCAUGACAAAAUUCAAGAUCUUGGUGACACUUAUACAGAUAAUUUUAAGAAGAUAACAGAUCUGAAAUUAUGUGCUAGUAGCAGAUCACCUUAUAUUUGGAUCCUUUUAUUUAAUGUUUUGGGAUGGUGCAGAGAUUGUGUUCAGCUACAGAUAGAACUGUUCAAACCGAAAACUGUUCGGCGUGGUUCUCCAUGCGAAUGCCACGAGUCAAAAACGGCGAUUCAAUUGGCAAAGGAAAAUCUCUACAAGGGUAUGGAAUGGAUGAUCUCUUUGAAAGGAUUGUGUGUCCUGGCCAAUCAACCGGACCAAUGCUUUGACGAUUUCUGCCGUUGGUUACUGCACGAAAUAAAUCCGCCCAACUUGGAGAAGCUUUGGAUUCCAUCCGUCCAGUUGAGUUCGCCACCCAGCACAUUCGUGCCGGAACCUCCGCUCAGAUUUCUCAAUUUAGGCCGUUCAGAUUAUCAGUUCGACUUUGCAUCAAACGUGUUUACACAAGUGACUCAUCUCGCCGGAAUUCGAGUACAAUCCAAUUUGGUAUUGCCGCAAUUACGAUUCUUUCGAGGGAACUUCAUAUCAAGUUCGGUUUUAGAUCAAUUUUGUCGCAAUCAUCCUCAACUGGAGCAUUUGCAUUUCAAUGAUCAUUAUUACUGCAUCGCCAAUAGCCGAGAGAAACGAAUCAUGUUUCAAUGUCAAUGGGCGUUGGCUCACUUGCGAACUUUGAUUUUUGCCAACACCCCCCACUCAGAUAUUCUGAGCAAGUUUAUGCAAUCGUGUUCAAAAUUGGAAGAAUUGCAUAUUGGGCAGCAAAGCAACAUGUUCCUUGCGGAAGAACCGGUCCACGACGCUUAUCGCUCCAUAUCAAAACAAACGCAUCUGAGGAAGUUGACUCUCAGGGGUCUUGAAUUCACUAGUGGAUCCUUUCUCCAACAGGUGCUGGGCAGCUGCCAAAAGCUGGAAAGCCUCCACGUCGCCUGUCCAUUUGAAGAAAACGACGGUUUCUUUUCCGAUUUAUUAAAUUAUUUGCCCUUGACGAAGAACCUGCGUGAUCUCCGAAUCCAGAAAGCAGACAUCUCGGAAUCACUUUUGAUGGACAUGAUCCACAGCAUUGGAUGUUGCUCGACUUUGGAGCGUUUGAUGAUUUACCAAGAAGAGUAUGGCAGCGUCAGCUCACCCUUUCAACUGAUAUUGCCCGAUUGUAUCAAAAAUCUGGUCGCCAAUCGUUUGACUCGAUUGGUGGCUUUCUGUUUCAUCUAUCCCGUUGAUGAGUCGAAAGGGGACAUCUCUCUGGCGCUAAAGGAUGUUUCAUCUUCCCGCCCUUCUUUUUGGUUUUACGUUGACCACAACGAUCUGCCUCGGAGAGCUCGGGUCCCGCGUGUCCAUCUCGAUGAAAUCGUUGAUCCGUUUCAUUACAUCGAUUCUUUUCCUGUAUUUGGAUAAUCUCCGAUUUCCGUAGGGGAGACUGGAGUAUGCC